AAACAAACCUUACACAUCCUUAGUCCAGUGGAUGUGGGAAGUAGCCGUGGGUACGAAAAGAGAAAGAAUUAAUAUGUUGUGGGUUUAAUUCCUUCUCCAUGAUCCAAAAUUUAGAAUUCAGUCACAAUAAUCAUGAUCCUACCAGUUGUAAAAUUAGGGACCCUCGCCAUAAAAACCAUCUGUAAACCCAUUGCUAAUCGCCUCAAGAAGGAAGCUGGCUUGCACCCCAAGUUCAGGAACCUCAUCAUCAAAAUUGCCCAGACAAACCAUCGAUUUACAACUCAAAUGCAAAGAAGGAUUUAUGGACGAGCAACUGAUGUUGAAAUACGCCCACUAAAUGAGGAGAAAGCUGUUCAAGCUGCUGCAGAUCUUCUUGGUGAACUUUUUGUAUUUUCGGUUGCUGGAGCUGCAGUUAUUUUUGAGGUGCAGAGAAGCACAAGAUCAGAAGCUAGGAAGGAGGAAUUGCGCAAACAAGAAUUACAGGAAAUGAAGCAGAGAGAUGACAAUAUAGAAAGAGAAAUUGAACUUCUGAAGCAAAAAAUUGAAGAAAUAGAACAUCUUGCAAAAGAAAAAGGGUAUGGUAUUUUCAAUUUCAGGCAUGCUCAUUCAACUGAAGAUGGAAAGACAAAGCCCAUCUGAUCACAAUACAAUCAAAUCAACUAUGGCACUCUAUCAUCUUAAUUCUGAAGAGCUAACAUUCCUUAGUAUGAUAUUCUUUUACUAUUAUUAUUUGGAGUAAAAGCUAGGACAAUGAUUUUAGCAAGUUGUUAAAGGUUGUUUGUGGUGAGAAAAAAUUUACAAUUUUUAUGUUAUUGAAAAAGUUGGAGUAAUGCAUAGUUGGAAACUUAUAUCAAAA